GGCAGGGGGCGCUGCGGCGCAGCGGGCACGGGGGCGGGGUCAGCGCCGCGCUCUUAGGCUCGGGCGGGCGCCGCGUGGGGCUGGUACCUCGGGACAGUUCGGCGGCCGCCACUUACCCGUCGGGUCGGGUCGCGUCCGUCCAGAAGCGGGUGACUGAAGCAAUAUUUUAUUGAAUUAAUGGAAAUUCAGCAAAACACCACAAACCAAGAACUUUGGAAAAUGAAGCCUAGGAGAAGUCUAGAAGACGAUGAUUAUUUGAAUAAGAACGCAGGAGAGAACAGCAUGCUGAAAAGAUCUGUGCUUUUGCCCUUGGACCAAACAACCCGUUUUGAUGACUUUGACUGUCCCCAAAAGCUUCCGCACAGACAGGAGCUCUUCCCCGAAUGGCGCUUGCCAGUUAAAGUUGCUGCUGUCCUAGCAUCUCUGGCUUUUCUCUACACGCUUCUGAGGGAAGUAAUUCACCCUCUCGUAACUUCCCAUCAGCAGUAUUUUUAUAAAAUUCCAAUCCUGGUCAUCAACAAAGUCUUGCCAAUGGUUUCCAUCACCCUCUUGGCCCUGGUGUAUUUGCCAGGUGUGAUAGCAGCAGCUGUCCAGCUUCAUCAUGGAACCAAGUACAAGAAAUUUCCACAUUGGUUGGAUAGGUGGAUGUUAACAAGGAAGCAGUUUGGGCUGCUCAGUUUCUUUUUUGCUAUCCUGCAUGCAAUUUAUAGUUUAUCCUAUCCAAUGAGGCGAUCCUAUAGGUACAAGUUGCUGAACUGGGCCUAUCAACAGGUCCAACAAAAGAAAGAAGAUGCCUGGAUUGAGCAUGAUGUUUGGAGAAUGGAAAUUUAUGUGUCUCUGGGAAUUGUGGCACUUGCAAUCAUGGCUCUGUUGGCUGUGACAUCUAUUCCAUCUGUGAGUGACGCUUUGACAUGGAGAGAAUUUCACUAUAUCCAGAGCAAGCUAGGAAUUGUUGCCCUUCUACUGGGCACAAUACAUGCAUUGAUUUUUGCCUGGAAUAAAUGGGUCGAUAUAAAACAAUUUGUGUGGUAUACACCUCCAAGUUUUAUGAUAGCUGUUUUCCUUCCAAUUGUUGUCCUGAUAUGUAAAGCUAUACUCUUCCUGCCAUGCUUGAGAAAGAAGAUACUGAAGAUUAGACAUGGUUGGGAAGAUGUCACCAAACUUAACAAGGUUGAGAUGUCUUCCCAGUUGUAGAAUUACUGUUUAUAACAUUUUGUUCAAAUUUAAUAUAUUUCAUCAUAAACAUUUCCAAUUUGUAUUUGCUUAAUAAAAAUGACCACUGAGAGUCUUAAU